ACCAUUUUGUAAUUUUCUUGUAGAACCGACUCAGUGUUGCCAGUUAUGUUUUCUUAGUCGAAGUUAGCGGUGUCGGAAAAAUAUCUCUUUGGAGGAGAAACCAUUGAUUCAUCCCUGCCAACAUGGGUCGUAUGCAUUCAGAUGGAAAGGGUAUUUCCCAGUCAGCACUGCCGUACCGUCGAUCAGUCCCAUCAUGGCUGAAGAUGAAGAAGGAAGAAUGUGAAGAGCACAUCGUCAAACUGGCCAAGAAAGGCAUCACGCCCUCGCAAAUCGGUGUGAUCUUGCGAGAUCAGCAUGGUGUGUCGCAAGUGCGCUAUGUCACUAGCAACAAAAUUAUGCGAAUCCUCAAGGCCAAGUCGCUUGCACCUGAGAUCCCCGAGGAUCUCUACCACCUUAUCAAGAAGGCUGUCACCAUCCGCAAGCAUUUAGAAAGGAACAGGAAGGAUCGCACCGCCAAGUUCCGUCUGAUAUUGGUAGAGUCCCGGAUCUACCGCCUCGCCCGCUAUUUCAAGAGCCGAGCCUUGCUGCCUCCCACAUGGAAGUACCAGAGCAACACUGCCUCCACGCUCGUUGCUUAAUUACACAUCCGUGUUGA